AUGUCGACCAACGGCCACACCACCAAGCCCACAGGCGUCCAACGCCUCCGCGAAAUGCUCUCCGACCCUUCCAAGACAGUCGUAGCCCCCGGCGUCUACGACGGCAUAACCGCCCGCCUCGCCCUCGAAGCCGGCUUCGAAUGCCUCUACAUGACCGGCGCAGGAACCUCCAUGUCCAAACUCGGCAUGGCAGACCUCGGCCUCGCCACCUACACCGACAUGCACGCCAACGCCAGCAUGAUCGCCUCGCUGUCGCCCUCCACGCCUGUCAUCGCCGACGCGGACACGGGCUACGGCGGACCCAUCAAUAUCGCCAAAACCGUCACCUCCUACGCUCGCUCGGGAGUCGCGGGCCUGCAUAUCGAGGAUCAGGUUCAAGAGAAGCGAUGCGGACAUUUGAGCGGGAAGGUGUUGGUGAGCAGGGAGGUGUAUUAUAAUCGUCUGCGAGCGGCGUGUAAGGCGAGAGAUGAGGGGAGGGAUGAUAUUCUUAUCAUUGCGCGAACUGAUGCGCGGGCUGGGAGUGAUACGGAGGGGAGGGGCGGGUUCGAGGAGGCGAUCGGACGCUUGAGGACCGCAGCCUCGAUUGGCGUCGACGCGCUGUUCUUCGAAGCGAUUCAAUCCACCGAGGAAGCCCAAGAAGUCAUCAAGCAACUCCCCAAAGACGUCCCAGUCCUGCUGAACAUGGUGCAAGGCGGCAAAACACCCCAAGUCAGCAAUGAAGAGGCGAAUCGCCUGGGCUUCAGGAUCGUGAUAUGGCCGUGUUUGGGCAUGGAGGCUGUUGUGCCGGCGGUGAGGCAGGCGCUCGAAGCGUUGAGAACGACGGGACAGCCUCCACUGGAGCAGAAGAUGGGGCCGGGAGCGCUUUUUGAGGUUUGUGGGUUGAAGGAACUGAUGGCGUUUGAUGAGAGUGUGGGUGGGAAGGCUUAUAAGUGA